CAAUCUCACGUAAUGCUCUUAAAAUAUCAGCUGAACAGUGAAACAGUGUUCCUUUGAAAAUUGUACCUGCCUCAAAGUUAUGCGUUAAAUUUGUGGAUUCUAACAAUGUUCUAACCUCUUCCUCUGCUUUCAAAUACAAACAAUAAUUGUUAUCGUUAGACAAAAUCAUUUGAUAUUGUAGAUAUGAUAUUACAUUGAUAUUAAACAUAUUCUCAUGUUUUUCACAAUUAUUUUGCUGUUGUAAUAAGCUAGCAUCAUAGACUGCAUAAAAUACAUCAGACAAAUAAACAUGAGUUACCAUCGUGGAGGGGGAAAUAAGCCAAAAGGCUUUGGGUUUGCUGGCUUUCAAAUGACUGGUACAAAGAGAGCUGGUUCUAAUAUACCACCACCUCCACCAAAUUCUACCCUAAGUAAACAGGGAUAUCAUACUAUGAAUUCUAUCACUGAGAAUGCCUUAUCUGCAUGUUGGGGAAUGCCAAAAAAGCGUAGUAAAACUGAAGAAGAAUAUUUUGAGGAUGACGAUGAUCCUCCACCAUUUUCCUUGGAGUAUAUCCCAGCACCUGGAUCACCAACAAAUGAUUGGAUGAAGAAAUCAGCACCUAAAGUGGAUAGCGAUAGCGAAGAGGAUCCCCUGGAUGCGUUUAUGGCUGGCAUAGAUGCAGAAGUUAAAAAGAAUACCUAUGAAUCACAACUUGCUGAAGAUGAACGAAAAGAAGAAAAGACUAAGGGAUUCAGAGCGGAUAUUGAUGGCGAAGACGACGAAGAGAGUUAUUAUAGGUACAUGGAAGAGAAUCCAACUGCGGGUUUGCUACAAGAGGAAUCUGACCAAGAAAUCGAAUACGACGAGGAUGGCAAUCCUAUUGCACCUCCGAAAAAGAAAGAUAUUGAUCCGUUGCCACCUAUAGACCAUAGCGAGAUACAAUACGAGCCGUUCGAGAAAAACUUUUAUAACGUUCACGAUGAGAUUGCUAGUUUAAGUAAACAACAGAUCGAUGAUUUGAGAAAAACUUUGGGAAUUAAAGUGUCCGGCCCGUCACCUCCUAAUCCAGUUACUAGUUUCGCUCAUUUCGGUUUUGACGAUCCGUUAAUAAAAGCAAUUAGAAAAAAUGAGUACACGCAACCGACACCUAUUCAAGCUCAAGCUGUUCCUGCUGCGUUGAGCGGCAGGGAUAUAAUAGGUAUAGCAAAAACCGGAAGCGGUAAAACGGCAGCCUUCAUUUGGCCGAUGUUGGUUCAUAUUAUGGAUCAAAGAGAAUUAAAAGCAGGCGACGGGCCUAUCGGUUUAAUUCUUGCCCCGACACGAGAAUUAUCUCAACAGAUUUAUCAAGAAGCGAGAAAGUUUGGCAAAGUGUAUAAUAUUCAAGUGUGUUGCUGCUACGGCGGUGGCAGUAAAUGGGAACAAAGUAAAGCAUUGGAAGGAGGUGCAGAAAUAGUAGUCGCAACACCAGGCAGAAUGAUAGAUUUAGUUAAAAUGAAAGCGACAAAUUUGACUAGAGUAUCUUUUCUAGUAUUGGACGAAGCUGAUAGGAUGUUUGAUAUGGGUUUCGAGCCGCAAGUGCGUUCUAUAUGCAACCACGUAAGGCCAGACAGGCAAACGUUGUUGUUCAGCGCAACUUUUAAAAAGAGGGUAGAGAAACUAGCCAGGGAUGUUUUAACGGAUCCGGUUAGAAUAGUCCAAGGGGACGUCGGUGAAGCCAACACCGAUGUCACUCAGCACGUGAUAGUAUUUAAUAAUAAUCCAACCGGGAAAUGGACUUGGCUAUUACAAAACUUAGUUGAAUUUUUAAGCGCUGGUAGCUUGUUAAUAUUCGUAACCAAAAAGCUCAAUGCGGAAGAACUCGCUAACAAUCUUAAAUUAAAAGAAUUCGAUGUAAUGCUUUUACACGGUGACAUGGAUCAACUUGGAAGAAACAAAGUAAUAACUGCUUUUAAGAAAAAGGAAGUCAGUACUUUGGUUGCUACUGACGUUGCCGCUCGAGGCUUAGACAUUCCACAUAUCAGAACUGUCGUUAAUUAUGAUGUCGCGCGAGAUAUCGACACUCAUACUCACAGGAUAGGUAGAACAGGUCGAGCUGGCGAGAAAGGUACAGCAUAUACCCUUGUCACAGAAAAAGACAAAGAGUUCGCAGGCCACCUAGUUCGAAAUUUGGAAGGUGCGAAUCAAGAAGUACCAAAGAGUCUUAUGGAUCUAGCAAUGCAAAGUGCUUGGUUCCGGAAAUCACGAUUCAAAGGCGGAAAAGGCAAGAGUUUGAAUGUCGGAGGAGCUGGACUUGGUUUUAGGGGAAGACCAGAAGCUUCCUCGGCUUCCUCGACGUCCUCGAGCGGUGGUUCCUCAUCGCAAGGAUCGAAAGAUAUAAGCGAGGUUGUCAAAAAGUUAGAAAGACACGGGCCUGGUAGCGAUCGAUUAUCAGCUAUGAAAGCCGCGUUUCGCAGUCAGUACAAUUCUCAGUUUCGGGCAUCAUCGGAUCACACGUGGGAGCAAACUAUCACGCGGCCUUCGGUAAUAAUGCCACCACCACCACCUGUACCCCCGAAACCAAAUACAGAACAAUCGAAGACUCAGGAAAAUCAAGCCUCGAAUACGGGAGGGGAAAGAAAGCGAGUGAGAAAGAGUCGAUGGGAAUAA